AUGGCGGAGAAAGCUGACCAACUUAAGGAUUCUCUGAAAAUCACCGUCAAAAGGAGAGGUAACUUGCGUCGGAUGUUUACUAAUGAAGGCAAGAAACUGGCGUUAAUCUUUGACAAAGCUAACGAAUUCGAAAUUGCGGAAGAUGACGUUGAACAGUUGAAAGCUGUUCAACAAAAGCUCGUAGAUGCAAGACCCGAAAUGAGGCAACUGGACAAGGAGAUUCAAAACCUUCACGUAAUACGAGGAGAGGAGGACACAGCAGAUCAAGAUUUCGUCGAUGCGGACAGUAUUUCUGAUACGCAUGCCGCCUUGUUGAGACAAAUCGAGAAACUCCUCCUUCGCGAUCAGCAGCUGCAGAGCUCUAAAUCCAUCCCACAUGCCGACUCGGGUGGCACCAAACAACUGAAACAUUCUGCACUCAAGUUGCCGAAGAUGUCAUUGCCAGUCUUUGAUGAGGAUCGAAGGAAGUGGCUCAGCUUCUGGGAUAUUUUCAAGUCCGAAGUGCACGAUGUGAAGGAUAUCUCAAAAGUUACUAAGUUCAACUUUCUGAAGGGCCAGUUGUCAGAGCAUAUGAAAGUGAGAGUGGAAGGUAUCAUGGCCACUGAAGAUAACUACGAUUUGCUGGUUGAAACACUGCAGGAUAAUUAUGGUGACAAACUGCUAUCAAAAAUGCUCAUUGUGUUCCUCUAG